UACGUUUGAAUCGUGUGGGUUUGGAUCGAAGGGAUCCAGUGUAUAAAAAAUAAACUUUUUUUUAUUUUGGUUCACAAAAUGAGUUUGUGGGUGGAUAAAUAUCGACCGACGAGUCUUAGUAAACUCGAUUAUCAUACUCAACAAGCUGAGAACCUGAAAAACAUGGUUCAAAAAGGAGAUUUUCCUCAUCUACUGAUUUAUGGACCGCCUGGUGCUGGAAAAAAGACUAGAAUAAUGUGCAUAAUUAAAGAACUUUAUGGAAGUGGAGCAGAAAGAGUUCGAAUGGAAAGCAUGCAAUUUGAGACUCCAUCUAAAAAGAAGCUUGAAAUAAUGACAAUAAGCAGUAACUAUCACAUCGAAGUAAAUCCCAGUGACGUUGGAAUUUACGACAGAGUAGUGAUAAUGGAUCUCGUAAAAACAACAGCACAAACACAUCAAAUUGAUCCCACUGGCCAAAGAGAAUUUAAAGUUGUCUUGCUGACAAAUGUAGAUCAGCUCACGAAGGAUGCACAGCACGCUUUACGUCGAACGAUGGAAAAAUAUGUUUCGACCUGUCGCUUAAUUCUCUGCGCGAAUUCCACUUCGAGAGUCCUUCCCGCAAUUCGUUCGAGAUGCUUAGGAAUUCGAGUUCCCGCCCCAACAAUACCCGAAAUAAAAAAUAUCCUGCAUUCCAUUAUAAAACGCGAGGGACUCAAUUUACCUGAUGAUUUCGCCACCAGAGUCGCCGAAGCUAGCGGCAGAAAUUUGAGGCGGGCGAUACUUAUGUUGGAGGCUUGCAAAGUCGAACAGUAUCCUUUCACAUCUGAUCAAAAAAUUACCGAACCCGACUGGCAUGUUUACAUCCGCAAUACCGCGAAUUUGAUGGUUGCUGAGCAAAGUCCCAAGAAACUCCUCGAAAUUCGCAACAGACUCUACGAAUUAUUAACUCACGCCAUUCCCUGUGACCUUAUUUUCAAGGGUUUAUUACAAGAGAGUAUAAAAAAUUGUGAUCUGCAAUUAAAAAUUGAGAUCGCGACAGUCGCCGCAGAAUACGAGCACAGGAUGCAUCGUGGCUCAAAAGCAAUUUUUCACCUGGAAGCAUUCGUCGCGAGAUUUAUGAGCAUUUACAAGAAAUUCAUGGACUCUUCUCUUGAAGGAUUCGUUUAAAUAGUUUGAAUUGAAACUGAAAAUUAAGGAAUUUGAGCUGUAAGAGUUGCAGCAUGAAUGAAAAGUCGUCUUUUUAUUUAUUAUUUUUUUCUACUCUAGACUUAGAAACAAACAAAAAAGACGUAGCGAUCAUUUUUUUCGACUAUGUAAAAUUGUUAAUGUCAUUUAAUGAAUGUUCUGAAUGAAAUGGGCCCUCGUUGAUAAUAUUUUCUAAUAAAUAACUUUAUUCUCCUUAGUACAA